UAGUCAAAUUAGUCACUAGUUCUUUGGAUUUGGAUUAUUUCAAGUCCAAUAAGUCUUAUCACUACCCAAUACACUUCAAUAAAGCAAUAACUAAUUGCUAUUCGAGGAUUUAUAAUUGGAUUGGGGUUUAAAUGUUUAUUGUGUCUGAAAUAUUAAAUUCAAAAUUAAAAAAUAGGUUAUGCCAGAUGUUAUCGUUAUCCUUCAAUAGCAAUUAGUUAACUUGAGAUUAAUCAGUUAUCGCCAAAUUUUAUUACAAAAAAAUAAUAUGUACAUUUUUUCAAGUGGAGGAAUGCUAUGUAAACAUUUUCUCAAGAUACCAAAAAGUACCAGUAUCUUUGUACAAAGGUGCCCACAAAAGGAACGAAGUGUAGCUUGCUGGUCAAACGUUUUAGUAGAUGUUUCAGAAUGUAAAGUUAGAACAUUUUCAAAUUGUACUGUUCCAUCUUUAGAAAAUAAAAUUAGAUUUUUGAGUUCUACGAACAAUUCUUGGUCAAGAAUGUCCACGUUUGUAAGUAAACCUACACUCACUCCUAAGUUGAGGUUAGCAGAUUAUGAUUGUAUAGGAUUCGAUCUAGACAAUACUUUGUGUGAAUACCACAUUUCCUCUAAUGUUGAAAUGGAGUACAAUUUAUUAGCAAAAUUUCUUGUUGAAGAAAAAGGAUAUAGUUCAGACCAUCUUUUACAACCAUUAGAUAACACUUCCCAUGAUUUUCUUCAGAAGGGGCUCAUAAUUGAUUUUGCACAUGGAAAUAUAUUGAAAGUAGGCGAAAAUGGUUUAAUUUGCAAAGCUAGUCAUGGAACAAAGCCCAUGACUGUUGCAGAAGUGGUAAAUACAUAUGGUUCGGAUAGGAAAUGGGAAGUAACAAAUGAUUUUUGUAAAAACACACUUGCCGCUUGGGAAGGCCCUCUCUCGGAGAGAAUGAGGCCCUUAUGUGAUUAUUUUGAUAUGCCAGCUUCUCUUGCUUUUGCUAGAAUUAUAGAUUCCCUUGAUCAAAAGCUUGGGCGACCAGCUGAUCUGUAUAAUGUUUGGCCUGAUGUUAAAGCAGGGCUUGUUAGUAUGUACUCCCGAGAACAUUUCAAUAAGAAUGUAGGGUACUUCAAAGAACUGAAGUCCAACCCUCAAAAAUUUAUUAAAAAAUGUGAUCCAGCUGUUGUAGAUUGGUUAAAAAGUAUAAAGGAUUCAAAAAUUACCUUUUUGAUUACUGGAUCCAACUGUGAUUUUGCUUCAAUGACUGCUGAAACGUGUCUUGGUAAAAAUUGGAGAAGUUUAUUUGAUGUUGUUGUUUGUUUUGCUCGAAAACCUGGAUUUUUUACUGGUUGCAGACCAUUUAUUGAUCUAAAUGGAUUUGAAGAAACUGAUCCUGUAAAUGGGGAUUCUCUUGAAUUAGGGAAAAUCUACAGUCAAGGUAAUUGGCAGGAACUUUACCAGUUAUUCGGAAGGCACAGUGGUAAAAAGGAACCUAAAUGUUUAUAUUUUGGAGACAAUUUAAUUCAAGAUGUAUAUGCACCUUCGGAAUACACUAAAUGCGAAACUGUGGCUGUUGUUGAAGAAUUAAGUGUAGAGUGUAUUGAAAAACAUACAAAUCUACCAUCAGAAUUGUUUUUGGCGUCGAAAUUUUGGGGAUCCUACUUUUUUGAUGACCAGGAACAAAUGAACACUGUAUGGGGUGGUGUUGUACAAAAUUAUUCAAAGGUAUGCAUCCCUAAUAUUUCAACCAUUGCAGAGUAUUCAAUGAACCAUGCCUUUUCAACAUUUCACAAAACCAGUGCUGAUGGGUUUUUUCCAGCCAACCCUGCCACUAUCAAAAUUAAAAAGAAGGCGUCAACUGCAUGAGCGGGUAAACAAUGGCUGGACCAAACAGCCUACUUUUAAGCUGGCCACUCUAUUGUUUGUCUCCUUGGGCAUUAUAUACUGCUGCUAAUGCGAUUUCUCUACUGAAAAGUUCUGGAAGUUAGUCUACUUAAUCAUCAUCUUCAAAACUUACUUCUCAGUGUUCUCUCAAGCCUUCAGAACAGAAAAAGUCUGUCAAGCUCACCAAAGUUAUACAGUGACUGCAGCCAUAACAAUGAACAAUGAACAGUGAUGUUCAUAACAGUUAAGUAUUCUUGCAUGAAGCCAUGUUAAUCCAUGCUUCUAAACUUUGCUAUUUUAAUUAUUUGAAAAUGAGAGUAGUUACAAUAAUGGUAUAAAUAAUAAAAAGUAAAAAUAAUUAGAAUUGGUUAAAAAUUGGUAUGGAUAAAACUAUUAUGGAAACGAGAAAGAUAUGAAAAAUGAGACAAUUUAAUAUAAUAUGGUUUACUUCACUUUGUCUGUUAGUAAUAUAAGCUCCAACAUAAUAACAAGAUGUAAUGUGCUUAAAAAUACAGUUUUAUAUUACUGUAGUUUUCUUUAAAAAUACUACAUUUAAAGUUUUUACUUAGGUAGUUUACUAUGAAUUUUUGAUGUAUUAUUAAUUUAUUACAAUGUUUGUUGUUUAUUAGGUUUUAAAUAUCGUCUUUGUACAAAUAAUUUUAUAUACAUUAGUAUCAUUAAAAGUAGAUUUUUUUCUGUAUAUUAAAAUGUAAUUAAUUCAGUUUAGUACAACAAACAACUAUCACUGCCAUAUUAAAACCAGGUAAUUUAUUUUUACUAUAUUUUGUUAUUUUCUACAAUUAUUUAUGUUUAUGUCUGUUACUGAAAAGGUUGUGAAAACAAUGUAAAUAAACCACCAUAAUAGUUUAUAGAGAUUGUAAACUUACAAGGUUAGUGAGGAGCAAUAUGGAUGUAUUUUAGAAAAUAACUUAGUUAACAAUAUGUGUAUUGUAACAACAUAGUGUUAUCUUUAUGUAAUAUAUGUUAUUUGUUCAAAAACAUG